GCAGCAUAGGUUUACAGGACUACAAGUGCCGGCAUGCACCGGGUUGCUCUGCGCAUGACAACGCAACGGGCUCCGCUGCUGCUGUAGAGUGCUGAGCGUUUCGGAGGCGGUUGCCAUGGAGCCAGCCUGGCGGCAGCAGGGCAGGGGGCGUGGCCGGGGCCAGGAGGCUCCGGGUGAAAGGUCACGACCCCUGCAGAAGGAGAGAGAGAAGCCGGGGGCCGCUGCAGCAGGAGCGUGGGGGGCAGGACGAGGAGGGCGGACAAAGUCCGCCACGGCGCCUGAACCUCAGCGCGGCGUGUCGGUCCAGUCCAAGUUUGAGGAGAUCAGGAAGUCCAACCAGGCUGCUGCUCAGCGAUUGGUGGAGAGCCGUAUCAGCUGCUCCUCCUCUGAUGAAGACGACGACGAUGAUGGAGCUGUUGACCAUAAUGAUGGAAAGAGAGGGAAGAUCCUCUCAUCGACCUUCACCACCUACACCGACCAGACAGGUGGUGACGCCACAGGUCUGCUCAGAACCGGUCAGUACGUCAGUGACCUGUUUCAGUCUGGAGCUCUCACCUGUCUGAUCUGCAUCGCCUCCGUCAAGAGGACCCAGGCGGUGUGGAGCUGCUCCAGCUGUUUCUCUCUCUUCCACCUGCCCUGUAUUCAGAAAUGGGCCAGAGACUCUGCCUUCCUCGUCUCCUCUGUCACUGAUGAAGACUUCGGUCAGAAGCAGCAUCCCUGGCCCUGUCCAAAGUGUCGAGCAGAAUAUCCUCCGAGUGCCACGCCCAACAGGUACAUGUGUUACUGUGGGAAGCUGCAGGAUCCUCCAGCUGACCCCUGGUUGGCCCCUCAUUCCUGUGGCUCCGUCUGUCAGAAGGAGCUCAAACCCACAUGUGGACACACCUGUCUGCUGCUCUGUCACCCGGGUCCGUGCCCUCCGUGUCCAAAGAUGGUGGCAGUUUCCUGUAUGUGUGGCAAAGCUAAGCCCCUCCCCCGUCGCUGUAGCAACAAGGCCUGGUCGUGUCAGAAGCAGUGCAGCAAGUUGUUACCCUGUAAACAGCACACCUGUACGCAGCCCUGUCACACAGAGUGCUCCCCCUGUCCAAGAGUCAGCGUGCAGAAAUGUGUGUGUGGACGAGAGAAAGCAGAGAGACCCUGCGCCAGCCCUCGGUGGAACUGUCAGCAGGUGUGUGGUUCUCUCCUCUCCUGUGGGAAUCACACCUGUGAGGUUGUCUGCCAUGAUGGAGUUUGUCCUCCGUGUCCUCGCUCAGUCAGCAGAUCCUGUCCCUGCGGCAAGACCAAGUCGUCUCUGCCGUGCACAGAGGAAGUGUUGCCGUGCGGCGACACAUGUGACCGCCGGCUGUCGUGCGGGAAACACACCUGUUCAAUGAGGUGUCACAGAGGGAGCUGCGAGACCUGCAGACAGGAGGUGGAGAAGGAGUGCAGGUGCGGUAAAUACAGGAAGCUGAUGCCGUGUCAUAAGGAGUACCUGUGUGACUCCAAAUGUCCCCAAACCAGAAGCUGCCAGAGACACCAGUGCAGGAGGAAGUGCUGCCCUGGUAACUGCCCGCCAUGUGACCAGAGCUGUGGACGAACUCUGGGGUGUCGCAACCACAAGUGUCCCUCUGGCUGUCACCCAGGUAGUUGCUAUCCCUGUCCGGAGUCGGUGGAGGUCAGAUGUACAUGUGGCUCCACCGUCUUGGCUGUCCCUUGUGGGCGAGAACGAAGCACCAAACCGCCUCGCUGCAAAGAGACCUGCAGGUGUCCUCCGUCUUGCCACCACCCGACCAGAGAGACCCACCGGUGCCACCCCGGGCCCUGUCCCCCCUGCAGACAAUCCUGCCUGCUGCCGCUGCCCGGCUGCAGCCACACCUGCCCUCAGCCCUGCCACGACAUGGUGCUGGUCAAGUCCCAGCAGGUGCAGUUGGCAGGUCCGUGGGAGCAGCCGUCUGAACCAGCGUUUGUGAAGAAAGCUCUGCCAUGUCCGCCGUGUCAAGUACCGAUACCAACGGCCUGUUUCGGAGAACAUGAGGUCAGUCCGGUGCCGUGUCAUCGACGGGGGCGAUUCUCUUGUAAACGACCCUGCGGACGACCUUUGACCUGCGGGAACCACAAUUGCAGCCGGGAGUGUCACCUGGUUACCAACGGCAAGCAGUGUGAGGUGUGUGAAGAGGCCUGCUCUAAGCCCCGCCCCCCCGGGUGCCCCCACACCUGCUCCCGCCCCUGUCACCCCGGCAACUGCCCCCCCUGCAGCCAGAUGAUCCGCCAACGCUGCCACUGCAAGAUCAGCGUGCUCUACGUGGAGUGCACGAAGUUGACAUCAGCUGAUGAACGGACGAAGGUGCAGUUGGGCUCCUGCAACAACCAGUGUCCUAAACAGCUGAGCUGUGGCCAUCGCUGUAAGCAGGUGUGUCAUCCAGGAGUGUGUGAGGAGAAAUGUCAGCAGAAGGUGAAGCUCCGAUGUCCCUGCAAGAGGAUCAAGAAGGAGAUGCCGUGCGCUCUGUCGGCUGAGUGUGUUGUUCAGUGUGAUGACGCCUGCAAAGACCAGCAGAAGAAAGUCAGCCAGAUGAAGGAGGCGGAGCAGAGAGCAGCUGAGGUGGAGGAGCAGAAGAAACUUCAGGAGGAGCUGGAGGCGUUCGAGAAGCGUCAGCAGCGAGGAGGUCGGAGGAGUAAGAAGAGGGGGAGGAGGGAGGAGGUGGAUGAUGAGGAGUCGAGGGCGCGGAGGUGGUGGAGGAGGUGCGCCGCCUACGUCCUCGCCCCGUUGGGCGGAGCUCUGCUUUCCGCCGCCGCCUACUACCUCCUCACCACGCCCUGAGCCGACACGUCAGCAUGCGUGUGAUAAAGGAUAAUGUUUCUACUUUCACUCUACUGUCUUCAGAUGUCUCCACUUCUGUUUCAUUUAACCCGUCCUCCUGUUUCAGACCGCUCUUUGUGAUUUUGGUUUAUCUUCUUUCGGUCUCAGAUUUAUUUUGCUGCUUGAUUCUCUAACUUGAUAUCAGUCCUUGUGUUGAGCUGUUUUUCUUUUCAGAGUAGGAGUAGCUUUAGUUUAGUCCCCAUAGCAACACAAGCUCUACUAAAACAACAAAAAACUACAUAAUCCAAACAUCUCAAAGUCAUUAAUUAGUGUUAAAUUGCUGAGCUAGAGCUGUUUAUUUUUAUAAUCGAUUGUUCUAAUAAACAGUAAAAACAAAGAAAAGUAAGCUGGAUCCAUCACUUUCGUUUUGCUGUCGGUUAAUUAACGGACGCAGCUCCAGUCCGAACACACGUUUUUAAUGCUUCACAGAUGCUUCGUUACCAACUUACAGCCUCUGAGAAAUGUCACGGUUAUCACAUCUUGGCACACGGCAGUGUAAAAGUGGUUAACGUUUUGACUACCUGGGAUUGUCUCCAGUUGUGUUGAGAAGUUUUGACUGACUCUGAAGAGCUGCGCUCGUCUGUUAGCUCACUAGCUACACGUUAGGGAGUGAAAUCUGAAUGAUUUUCAGCAGAUACAAUAAACACAUUUGUGAAACCAGCUUUUUGCAAAAUACAAACCUCCGUUGUGUUUCUUGUUUUCUCUGUGUGGUAAACUCUAAAAUAUGAAUUUAAUUUCAGUAAAAGUGAUUAUUUCAGGAUGGCGAGCACAUUCUUGUAAUGUUUGACCAAUAAAGAGAGAGUGAACACUCUGUACCACAGAUCAUCAGUAAAGUAUAUUGAUAUGACCUUUGA